CCAAAUAUCCGGGCGUUACAGUUCGCCAGACAAAUGCUGGAACCUCUUCUGAGGAGAAGGGUCUUGUCUUGCGCCCCACCCCGCGAGGGUCCCAUACUGUUGGGAACUAAGUCGAUCCCGGGGAGCCCUGGCCGCCCCUUGGGGCCGCCCAUGCGGCCUCCGCAGAGAGCGCACAGCCGGAGCCCGGGGGGCCCCGCCGCCCUCCCGCGGCCCCAGGGACGAGCCCAGCGGUGAGGAGAGGUGGGAGGCCGGAGCCUGCUGAGGUCAUUUCCUGUGCCUCUCCGCGAGCCGCCCGCAGAGCCGAGCCCCGCGCUCUGCCUUUAAGGAGCGGGCGGGGGCGGGAGGGCCGGAGGGAGCGCGGCGGAGCGGUGAAUGGGGUGCAGCCAGACUCCGCCGGGCUUUGUGCGGCCAGCCUGCGGGCACCCCUCCGGGCCCCAACCUCUCCCCGCCCCGCCCCGCCCACUCCGAGCCCUGCUGCCGGGGAGCGGAGACCCGGCGGCCGCUGCGGGCUCGGACGGGAGCGACGCAAGGUCAGCGGCGGCGGCGCGCGGAGGGCGCCCGUGUGCCGGGUGCGCGGCGGGGACGCCCGCGACCUCGCUGGAGGGCUCUGGAAUAUCCAGAAGUUGAUCCCAUCAUGGCAGAACUCAAGUUGGAGACCCGGACCGGUAUAGACUGGCAGAAGCGCUGCCUGGCACUGGAAACCCAGCUCUUCAGGUUCCGUCUACAGGCCAGCAAGAUACGGGAGCUGCUGGCUGACAAGAUGCAGGAGUUGGAACAGAGGCUGCUGGAAGCAGAGCAGAGAGCAGAGAAUGCAGAGACCCAGGUGGGUGUGAUGGAAGAGAAGGUGAAACUGUCCAAUCUGAAGACUGUGGACUCAGCAGGCAGCCUGCACCGGAAGUACCAAGAAUUGCUGAAAGCCGUGCAGGACAAAGAUGAGCUCAUCGACCAGCUGCAGGCACAGCUGGAGAAGCAGAAGCAGAUGAGAGCUGAGGAAGCAAAAAUUGUUCAAGAAAAAGCUGCAAAGAUCAAGGAAUGGGUGACACUGAAACUGGCAGAGCUUGAGAUGGAGAAUCAGCACUUGAAAAGCUAUAAUCAGCACCUGGCAGGGCAGGUGGGAGCCCUCCAAGAUGCACUAGGAGCUCUUCAGAUGGUACCGUCAGCGAAGCUGCUGGUGGCCACCCAGGAAACCCCAGAGCAGAAUUCUGUCCCAUCAGGGCCAGAAGCCCAGCUGAUGGGGCAGGACAGCGGUCCUCAGGCCCAGGGUACCCUGAAGGCAGCUAUGACUGCACCUUCUCUGGGUGCUCUGCAGAGCGAGGACUCUGUUCCUCAAACAGGAAGCCUGUCAGAGGAUUCUGGUUCCAGUGUGGUCCAUCCUGGGCAAAUACCAGAGGCGAAGCCCCGUCCACUUUGUCUGGGAAGAGAGGGCCCUCCUGGCCAGCUGUGCAUGAAGGCUCGCACCCCGAGACGUGGUUCAGCUUCCUGGGGUGAGGGCCUGGUCACUACUCAGGGAGGGACUCUCCCUGGGACAAAGACCUCUGCCAGGGAAGGUGGCCCUGGCUACAGCCUGACCCUACCGAAGGUGCGGGCUUCCAGCACCCCCCGGGACAGCCUCCAGCUGGCCAAGCGCCACCACAGCCAGCCCCAGGUGGGCCCUGGGCACUUCAGCCACGUGGUGAGCAUUGAGAUUGGAACCCUCGCUGCCCUCCACCCCUCUGGCCUUCCUGAGGUGGAAGCCCGAGCUGAACUCCGGGAGGAACUGGAGAAGAUGGAUAUGGAGGAACAACCCCCAGCGGGAAAGGAGAGAGAGAACCCAGAGGCCCCCAGAGCUGAGCUGGAGGAAGUGGGUUUGGGUAACAAACCGCCCACACCCCCUCUGCACCGGUUUCCAUCCUGGGAGAGCCGGAUCUAUGCUGUGGCCACGGCAGGCAUGCGGCUCUCGGACGUGUCUCCCAGAAGUAAUGCCCUGUGCUGCGCUUCGAGCCCUCCUGCCCUUGCGUCCCCUGGGCCUUUCUCUGGCCUUGUCUACAAGAAUGUCACCGUGCCUGUCUACACAGCUCUGAAGGGGAGGGCCACGCAGAUCAGCACGGUGCCCUUUGUGGACGAGUCCUCUGGGUCCGAUGACGACUGCAGCUCUCAGGCGAGUUUCCGAACUUCAGUCCCCUGCGCUGAGUCCAGGAAGACCAGCGGAGUGGGCAGCCCCCGGGCCAUCAAGAGAGGUGUCUCCGUGUCCUCGCUGAGCUCCGAGGGUGACUACGCCAUCCCCCCAGAUGCCUGCUCGCUGGACAGCGACUACUCAGAGCCUGAGCACAAACUACAGCGCACCUCGUCCUACUCUACCGAUGGCCUGGGCCCGGGCCCGGGCGGGGAGUCACUGGAGAAGUCGGGCUACCUGCUGAAAAUGGGAAGCCGGGUAAAGACGUGGAAGAGGCGCUGGUUUGUCCUGAGACAGGGACAGAUUAUGUACUACAAAUCCCCGAGCGAUGUCAUCCGGAAACCUCAAGGUCAAGUGGAACUGAACUCCCACUGCCAAAUUGUUCGAGGGGAGGGGGCACAGACAUUCCAGCUCAUCUCUGAGAAGAAAACCUAUUACCUGACGGCGGACUCCCCCAGCCUGCUGGAGGAGUGGAUCCGAGUGCUGCAGAGCCUGCUGAAGGUCCAGGCCACUGGGCCUCCAGCCCUGCCCCAGGGCGGCACCAAGCCCACCGUGAAGGGCUGGCUCACCAAGGUAAAGCAUGGCCACUCCAAGCUGGUCUGGUGUGCUCUUGUUGCGAGAACCUUCUACUAUUAUCGAAGCCAUGAGGACAAGCGACCCCUGGGCCAUCUGCCCGUGCGGGAUGCACACAUAGGUGAAGUCGACCGAUCCUGUGACUCAGACGAGGACUAUGAGGCUGGAGGAACUGGGCGGUUGCUUUCCUCCCACUGCACCCUGGUGAUCCAUCCCCCAGAGCACAGCCCCACCUACCUCCUCAUUGGCACCAAGCAUGAAAAGGAUACGUGGCUUUACCACCUCACAGUGGCAGCAGGUGGCAGCAGUGCCAAGGUGGGCACUGCCUACGAGCAGCUCAUUGCAAAACUGAUGGAUGGCGAGGGAGGCCCAGAUUCCCCUCUCUGGAGGCACCCCAUGCUGUGCUACAGCAAAGAUGGGCUGUACACCUCACUCACCACCCUGCCCUCUGAGGCCCUGCAGACGGAGGCUCUCAAGCUCUUCAAGUCCUGCCAGCUCUUCAUCAAUGUGCCUGUGGAAGCUGCCUCAGUGGACUACCAUGUGUCGCUGGCCCAGACGGCACUGCAGGUCUGCCUGGCUCACCCCGAGCUACAGAGUGAGAUCUACUGCCAGCUCAUGAAGCAGACCAGCUGUCGCCCACCUCAGAAGUACUCACUCAUGCAGUGCUGGCAGCUCCUGGCUCUGUGCGCCCCCCUUUUCCUGCCUCAGCACCACUUCCUCUGGUAUGUCAAGCAGCAGCUCCAGCGCCACGCAGACCCCAGAAAUGAAACUGGCCAGUAUGCUACCUACUGCCAGCGGGCAGUGGAGCGGACCCUGCAGACAGGGGAACGAGAAGCCAGGCCGUCACGCAUGGAGGUGGUGUCCAUCUUGCUGCGUAACCCCUUCCACCACUCCCUGCCCUUCAGCAUCCCUGUGCACUUCGCCAAUGGGACUUACCAGGUGGUCGGUUUCGAUGGCUCCUCCACAGUAGAUGAAUUUCUCCAGCGGCUCAACCAGGAGACAGGCAUGAGAAAGCCAGCUCGCUCUGGCUUUGCCCUCUUCACAGAUGAUCCUUCUGGCAGGGACCUGGAACACUCCUUGCAGGGCAGCAUCAAGAUCUGCGAUGCCAUCUCCAAGUGGGAACAAGCCCUGAAGGAGCUACACUCCGGAAAGUCUGAGGGCGGCACACGCGUCGUGAAGCUGAUGUACAAGAACAGGCUGUACUUCCGGAGUCAGGUCAAAGGGGAGACAGAGCGAGAGCGGCUGCUGCUUGCCUCCCAAACUAGUGGAGAGAUAGUGGCAGGCAGGUUUCCCGUCAACAAGGAGCUGGCCCUUGAGAUGGCUGCCUUAAUGGCCCAGGUAGAAUAUGGGGACUUGGAGAAGCCCAUCCUUCCAGGCCCUGGGGGCACAUCUCCUGCCAAGGCUCAGCAUCACCUCCAGCAGGUCCUAGACAGGUUCUACCCAAGGCGCUACAGACAUGGGGCACCCCCUGAGCAGCUGAGGCACCUGAUAGAUCUGCUGACCUCGAAGUGGGCAGCACUACAAGGCUGCUCUCCGCCUGAGUGCAUCCGCAUCUACCUGACAGUGGCCCGGAAAUGGCCUCUCUUUGGUGCUAAGCUCUUUGCUGCUCAGCCUGCACAGCUGUCUCCCAAGGAGAAUGCUUUGGUGUGGAUUGCCGUGAAUGAGGACGGUGUGAGCAUCCUGGACCACAACACUAUGCAAGUGCACGUCACGUACCCCUACUCUUCAGUGCUGACCUUUGGUGGCUGUCGGGAGGACUUCAUGCUUGUGAUUAGAUCCAUUCCAGACCAGAGCUCAGGAAAAGGCCACAUUGAGAAGUUGGUCUUCCGGAUGGCUGCUCCCAAGAUUGCAGAGGCCACCUGCACCAUGGCCAGCUACAUGAACCAUUGCUCUGCCACCGUGACCCCACCCCCCACCCCACCUGCUGCCCACCAGCUGCGGGACCUGGAUGGACGGCAGUUCUUCGCUUCUGUUCUGGGUGCUGCCGAGCGGCCCGGGCUGCUGUGAAAUCUCCUGCUCCUUUCCUCACCACCACCUGGUGCCUUGGGGAUUAGAAAUGUAUCCUGGGCUAUGACACUACUGUGAUGGGUCCAACAGCCCUCCCUCUGCCCUGGUUUGUUCUGUGAAGUGCACUUCAGUGUCCACAAAGCCUUUACAUUCUAGGUGCCUUACGUUUCAAGGACCAACUUUCAAGAAUCCAGACCCAGUAUAAAAACCACUUCUUUCCCCCACAAGAAUACUGAGCUCUGGAUGCUGCCUGAUUCUAGACACAGGCAGGGAUGGUCCACAGUGACUGGUUACUGAGGCAUCGGUGCUCUAGGUCUGAGCUUUCUGCACUGAUACUCCGAGGCAGGCUAACAUUGUUUGUACUGAAUAUGUCGGGAUUUCAGUAUAUCCUCAUAUUGGGAUUUACACUUGAGGUUUUCCCAACAUCCCUUAACAGAAUAGGACUAGAAUUUCCAUUUCACCUGAACUCCACAAAAGCCUAGAAUGUAUGAAAACUGGACUUCCUUUCCCUCACAGAAAGGUGUUGGCAGCCUGGAGAACAAGGAACGGGUCGCCACUCCCUUUCUGCUACUGCAAACGAGCAGGUAUUUGUAGUCCUGGGGCAGCAGUGCCUGUCUUUGCCGGACAAGGGCCGUCCUUGCUGAGGGUGAAGCUGUUUUCCCUCAUACUGGACUGUCAGCCCAGCUAGGUAUAAGUAGGGAUAGGUCCAAGCUCACCACUCAGUCUCGUUUUGAGGAUUGGACAGGGCUCAGUAAGGGUGGUGCUUACUACUGUAGAACAAGGCGGCUGGCACUUGUUCAAGCAAACUGCUUUGCUUUUUGCUGCUCUAUGACACAUAAGACCCCUCCAGGCUCUUGAGCCUGGAUUCGCUCCUCAGACUUCUGGUGAACUUCCACUGGGAAUUAGUUUGAAGGCAGAGAACACGUAUGUGGUAUCUGACCUAGUACGGAAUUUAAAAGUUUCUUUCACCGUUUGCCUUCCUGACGACACCAGUAUUCCUCCAUCCCCAACUGAGACCUUCUGUUGAGUGCAGAGGAAAUGAUCUUUGUCUCCACCCUCCACAAACAGAGAAAAAAAAAAAAAAAGAACGGAAGAGUUCAUUCAUACUCUGAUUUCCAACAUCGGAGAAACUGAGUUUUAUUUCAUAGCUCUAAGGUAGUCUUACAUUUGUCAAUGAAGUGCUGAGAACUAUUUAGGUUUAGCAACAGCAUCCCAAAACCAAGCCUUUAACCCCAACAGUGUGUGUGUGUGUGUGUGUGUUGCACACUGCAGACACUGCAGGGCUGGAACUAGUUUGAACACCUCAACUGCUGUAAGCGUCCCCACUUUCACCCUUUAAACUGACAAGCAUGAUAGAAAAAGAAGCGUAUCAGAAUGUCUGCCUCUUUUAAAUGAACUUGACUUUGCAAGGCUGGCAAUUUUACUGUCAUCUCCCCCAGAAUUUGGGAUCUAGCUGAGACAUUUCUACCUCAAACAAGCCACAUGUCACAUGUACCACAGGCUCCUGAAUAACCCCUCCACGGCUGAUGUAAAAGGCAGAGCUUACAGCUCUAGUUUUGUUAUCUUGAGUGUCUGUGGGGCCAAUGGGGAUAUUAUCUACCUGGAAGUUUAAAAAAAAAAGGACCCCAUAGAAAAAGUAGCCACGAAUGGAGCUGUCUCUACACUGAAUUUGCAGGGGGUGGUGAAGCCAUCUCCUCCACCCCAUCUCCUGCCCAACCCUUCAGGAAUCCUCCCUUAGUUUAUUAAUUUUAUACAGAAGAAACUGCCUUAUAAACAAAGGUUUCUAUAGUUGGCAUGUUUAUCCUUCCUUAACAUGUCUGGAAACCAAAGUUAAAUUUCUGUCUGGCCUUCUGUGUUACCCCUCUUGGCAAAAGAAGUUUUUGAAACCAUAGAUAAUGCUGAGUAACAAAAGAGUAUUAAUGUGCUUGACACCCAUGACUGAAAUGCCUCACUCAUGUUUGUCAAUAAAAAGCAGGUAUCUGUUAA